CUCAAUCGCUUCGCGGAACACAAAUCGCUCAGAGAACGAUGUUGCUUUAACAUGCAUUUAAGUGCACUUUGACUCUAACGGGAAUGUAUUGUUUGUUCAACUAUUUCUCCUGAAUCGAAGCUAGCAAAAUAUAGGCAAGGAAACAAUUAUAAAAGUAACAGACUGGUUACGUGGAAUUUGGGAAAUGAGGCGUCGAACUGGCCCAGUUCAACAAUGGGUCCACUCUCUACCAUCAUCUGUUAAGACAGAUUUGUCUAUAGCAGAUGAACAACAAGAAACAAUUACUACUCCGUUGACUCGGACAGAGCCUAAAGAUAUUCCACAUUCUUUGGGGAUUAAAAUACCAACCAUGACUGUUUCAGCACCUAUUAAUGUUCCUAGUACAUCUGCAAUUAAUACACCUGGCCUACCUAGCUCAUUACCCUAUAAACUGGUACGUGAUCCAAGUCUGCAGUCUGAUAGCAGUCAUUGCAGUAGCGUGGAAAGCUUGUUAGAAUCAAGAAGGGCAGAUCCAGAAGCGAUCUUGCUUGGUCUUGGAUUUGGUGGCUGUACAAAUAGUCCACAAGAGAGUGGUCCUCUUUCACGUAUACCAAAAAGAUUUUUGCAGCCUUCGAAAUUAAAAGGCAUAGCCAUUAAUGAUUUUAUGAAACAACAACAAGAAACAAGCGAAUCUAUUGAUUCCGUAUCUUUAGGAUAUAGAGGACUAACAGGUUCACCGUACGUAGCACCGUCAGAAAUUGUACAAAAAAUUAUGCAACGUUUACGAGAACACGAAAGUCACGAGAAUGACCCAUAUGCGAUGUAUAAUUCUUAUGAAUCGUAUAGUCCAAUGCAACACAAUGGCACACAGUCUGUACUGUCCCCUGAUAAUAGACAAUUUUUAGAACGGCCACGUUCGAAAAGUCCUGAUAUGCGUAAUAAACGUAUGAUUAUCGGACAAAAAUCUUUUGCAUUCGGACACGACGGCGAUUUAAUCGAAAUUAAUCCUUCUGAUAUAAAAAGAUCAUCAAAAUGCAAUGUAAAUAAUAAUUCAGAUGCCAUGGAAGAUUCUAAGAUACAUAGAAACUUAGAAGACACUAAUAUUAAUCAUGAUAACAUAUUGCCAAAGAAAUUAUCAUUCGACGACAGUACAGAACUUUGCGACACGGAUAUUAAUUUAUCAAUGGAAUCCUGUGGGGAAUGUUCAGAUGAACAAAAUAUAACCUUGGUCGAAAAUAUUGAUUUUAAAGAAGAUAUUUCUUUUGGUACGACUUCGCAAAAUUUAUCUGAUAUUCGACGAGCCAGCGAUGGAUUUUGCGAUGUAAAACUCGGAGAGAAUUUCACGAUAACGCAGGAACGAAGACACAGCGAUAGUUUCGUUCAAACUAUUGACAACGGUAAUGGUGAAUCUAUUUUAUCGCAAAGAAGGAAAACUUUGAAGCGACAAACUAGAAUAACGGAUAUGGAUGCGUUCAGUUACUGUAACUUGAAGACGUCUGUGUCUGAUAAAAUGCAAUCUAAGGACAAAAAUGUAGAAAUCGGCGAACACAGUACAGGUAUUAAAGUUAAUUCUCUUGAAAAGAUCACUGAAAACAUGGCAUUAAGAACCGAAGAUGAAAUUUGUGGUGCAAAAUGUUCAAAUACAUUCUCUAAAAAAAGUGACAAUUGUAUUCAAUGUGUAGAUAAUAGUUUAGGUAAAAAAAAACAACAAGAUAACGAUAAAUGUGAUAUUGAGGAGGAUCAAUCUCUGGAAGAGCAAAUAUACGCGGAUGAAGAAGAAAGCACGUCUUGUUGUUGUGCCGGUACUACAAAAUAUUGGAAAAAAAUGGACAAAAUUAUUCAAGAAAAUAAAAACCUAGAAAAUAUGGUGGUAAAAUACAGAAGAGAAAUGGCAGAAGUUCGAGAAAUGUUGAGCAAUGUACUGUCGGUACGAAUGGAGCCUGGUUUUUAAUGUAGGGGAAUAAAUAUUAUAAAAAGGAUUAUUCACGUAUAAGUGAAUGACAGUAAUGAUUGUUCAUAACAUUAUAAAACAUUUCGUUCUGUGCAUGGUAUUAGAUACAUGAAAUUGUUUUAACUUUCUUCAUUAUCUAUUUCAAAAACUGAAUAUUUAUUUCACAUAUAUCAAUAGUGCUUUAUAAUGCAUUUAUAAGCACUAUACACGUAGUAAAACUGGCACACGGAAUUAUCUCAGGAAGUAAUAAAUACCAUAAAAACUAACAAUGCCAAUGUUUUAUAUGUAAAAAAAAACAUCUUUAUUCAUAACAGCUACAUUCCUUUUUAUGUUUUCAGUUAUAAAUAAAGAUGUAAAUAUUUUGUUACGAUUUCAAAUUUUAUUUCAUAUUAAAUAUGAAUGAAAUACCAAUGUUCAAUAUGUGGUUAUACUUACAAAUAACGUGCGUGCGCCUUUGUCUGUAUGUAUAUAUAUAUAUAUAUAUAUAUAUUUUUGUUUUUGUUUUCACUUCCACGUGUAAUUACAGUGUUCCGUUAUGUUUGAAAAUUAUUGCUACUGUGUUACGACACUUGUUAAUUUUAGUCGAUAUUUUUUUUCUAUUCUUAAUGUUGAAUGUUUCAUCUAAAUAUUCUGUUAACCGCUGAAUAGUUUUAUUGUUGUUCAAUCGUACAAAUAUGCAAUAGACCAUAAACACGAUUGAAACAAUGUUUGUUAUUUUUGCUUCAUAUUCUUGAUAUGCUGUUAGACACAAUGGAAGAUACCAGUUAUAAUACAUUCCUAUAGUCAACGAAAGAAAUUCGGAGUUUCUAGUCCCGUAAUUUCGCGCAGCAAUAAUGUGUUAAUAAUAUUAUUGCAUAUUACGUUGUUUCGUUCAUAAAUGAAACAAUGAUUGAAUAUAACUGAAACAUUCCAAGUUAUUAGAAUAAGUGGUAAUUACUGAACAUUGGUACCUACAUGCAAUAUAAUUAACUUUUCAUACUUCAUACUAUCGUUCGCCGAGGCAUUUAUAAAAUUUUUCGAUAUAUCGACCGUGACUGCGACGUGAAACAUAGUCGAAGCAACAUUUACAGCUUCUUUCAUGUUUAAGAACAUUGUUUGUAAAUACUUAGCGAAUGAUUAUAUUUAUAGCGAGAACAUCAAUGCUAUGAAAUUGUGUUUGGGAUCAGUGUGAACAUUGAGUCUAUUUCUAAUGAUACACGUUAGACAAGUAAUAAACUGCUAACAUCGACUUACAAAGAUACAAGUUAUCGCUAUGCCUACGAACUGCUUGAAAUGAAAACGCCAUACUUUAGUAUAUUUUGUUUUACUUAAUAUUAUUUGGCUUUUACGUAUUGCAAAUUAAAAGAAACGAACCUCGAAUCGAUUGACAAUCCAAUGCCUAAAAAAAAAAAGCUAAUACUAAAGUAUAUUCGAAGAUGUAAUGAAACCUAAAGAAGAGAAAACGAUAAAGGACAGUUGUAUAAAUAACAAUCUCUACGCAACUGUCGAAUCUGUCUUGCCAAGAAGUAAGAGGAAAACUUUGAAACAUUCCUAUUUGUAAUGUUUUAUAAAUUUUUCCAUACUUUGAUGUUUGUACUAUUUUGUAUUUUUGUGCUUUAAAAAACACAUAUUCUGCAAGAGUAGUUAUUUUUAGAACUUGUUUGCAUAACCAAUAUAAAAAGAAGAAUAUUAACUGUAACCUACAGUUUAUACACAGUUGUAACUUUACAAGCUCAUUAAUUGUUUUUUUUAGUGUUCAAUUAUGUAUAUCUUUUUUGUUAUUAAAACUAAUCCAAUUGUUUUUAUUCUAAACUGAAUAGUUUUAUUUGAGCUUCUUUUUUUGUUAACAUCAACUAUAUUUCAGCAUGUUAUAAUUGAAUUAAAUACAACGGUA